AUGUCUCAUACUAACAAGACGAACAAAAACAUCAGCAGACAAAGAUUUAGCGAUGAACAGAUCAAGUCACUGGAGACCACUUUCGAGAUGGAGUCUAGGCCAGAGCUACGCAUGAAGCAGCACUUGGCCGACAAGCUCGGGCUGCAGCCACGACAGGUUGCGAUAUGGUUCCAGAAUAGAAGGGCUCGAUCAAAACCGAAGGAGCUUGAACGGAAUUAUAACAUGCUUAAAGCGGAUUACGACAAGUUGGCUUCCCAGUUUGAAUACAUGAAGAAAGAGAAGCAAGCCCUGCUCAUCCAGCUGCAGAAACUGAAAGAGGCUGAAGGAACGAGUGAUGAGCAAUGUGAAAACAGAAACAUAAAGAUUGAAACUUCAGAACAGCCAAGAUUUCUUCCAGAAAACAACAGCCCUGAGCUAGGCAUGCCCUUGUGCAAUGAUUUUACUAGAAGGGUUGACUACUUGUGGGAAGAAGCUGAUGAUCCGGAAUUGGCACAAAUGGCUGAUGGUUACUUAACAUCGACAGAAAAUGUAUACAGUUUUGAAUCCAGUAGCCUUAUCGAUAAUUCCAGUUACAGUGGACAUGUAAAUGACUCGGAUAUUCCAGCCAAUAUAAUUGGUCGGUGA